AUUUGACCAUUUUACUUUCCUGAUGGAAGACUCAUUAGCUCACCAGGGCUUAUAGCUGCCUUGCUGAGACAUACUGUGUGUAAGGAUAGGUUUGGAGAUACAUCCUAAAUAAGUUGAUAUUAAAAAUUGACAUUUGUCAAUAACUUACUUUUCAGAAAAAUAAAUCAGAUUGGUUUCAAGGUCGUCACUCACGUCACGUGCCUGCCAAAAUGUUUGCUUGGUUGUAGAGAAAAAGGUGGACCUGCAGCUAGAGGGGUGGACUUGCGCAUCACCCGGAGCCCACCUGAUCUCCUAGCCCAAGGGAGCAUGUCCUGAAGGUGAGUUUCGCUAUCUUAGAGCAGCUGCAGAAAUAAGACUGAGAUUGUGGACUGCAGAGUCCAAACUCCUGAAUAUGACGACAGGGACCUGCACGAUCAGGUGGCACCUGUUCCCCUGUCCCCGCCACCAUGUAUCCACAGCAGCCACUGGAAUUCCUCUGAAGCAUCCUGCUCCCUCACUGCCACUGCCUCUGCCUUUCCUCUCUCUCCCUGGAAUUCUCUCCCACCCAAUUCCGGACUAGCAAACCUGCCUGAAACAACUUUCAGCUGAAGAGUAGUCCAGAGUAACAAUGGUGACGGUCAGAACACCCGGCCGAGAAGUGCUCAGCGCUGACUGGGGCCGCGCCGUCCCGAUACGGAGGCGAGGGUCGAACGCCAGGACGUCCCCGCUCCCUCCCCAAACGUGGCGGGGAAGCGCGCGGCGGGUCCCCUGGGCAGAAGCCCCCAGCCGUCCCGGUUUCCGGCCCAGGCGAGGCUCCCGGCCUCAGGGCCGCCCGCCUGGGCCGCGCUCGCACAACUUCGGCCUGAGGCCCCGGGAGCCGCCAGUCCUCAGUGCCUGCGGCAGGACAAAGACCGGCAUGCAGCGUCAAGACACCGUCCGGGCCGCAGGACAGUGUGUGAACAAAGAGGUUCAAGGGCGGCACCCGCCCGACGCCACCGUGCAGCUACCUGACUGCGCGACCCGAGGUCCGCCAGCAGCAGUUGCUGUGGCAACAGGCCGCGGCGUCUCACUCCGCGGGCGCCUGCGCGCCGCGUCCGCUGUCUGCGCCUGCGCGCCUCUCUCCCCGCCCCACCCACGAGGGGGGCGCUCCUCACUCUCGCAACGGUCACGCAGACCCAGCCUCUGCGAACCCGGCCACGUCUCGAGCGGAAGCGCCUUGAGCGGAAGCGGAAGUGAACGAGGCGGCUGUGGCGGUGCCUGAGGCGGCUGGGCCUAGGGUGCAGCGGGCGCGUCUCCGGCUGGUGUUGGAGCAUCUCUAGAUCCUUUCCUGGAGUUCAGUUAUGGGUGUGAGAGGUUUGCAAGGAUUUGUGGGAAGUACCUGCCCACAUAUAUGUACAGUAGUAAAUUUCAAAGAACUGGCAGAGCACCACCGAAGCAAGUAUCCUGGAUGUACCCCUACCAUUGUGGUUGAUGCCAUGUGUUGUCUCAGAUAUUGGUAUACUCCAGAAUCGUGGAUCUGCGGUGGCCAGUGGCGAGAAUACUUUUCUGCUUUGCGAGAUUUUGUUAAAACUUUUACGGCAGCUGGGAUCAAGUUGAUAUUCUUCUUUGAUGGCAUGGUGGAGCAGGAUAAGAGAGAUGAAUGGGUGAAACGAAGGCUCAAGAACAACAGGGAGAUAUCCAGGAUUUUUCAUUACAUCAAGUCACACAAGGAGCAGCCAGGCAGAAAUAUGUUCUUCAUCCCCUCAGGGCUAGCUGUGUUUACACGAUUUGCUCUAAAGACACUGGGCCAGGAAACUUUGUGUUCCUUGCAGGAAGCAGAUUAUGAGGUAGCUUCCUAUGGCCUCCAGCAUAACUGUCUCGGGAUUCUGGGGGAAGACACUGACUACCUAAUCUAUGACACUUGUCCCUACUUUUCAAUUAGCGAGCUCUGCCUAGAGAGCCUGGACACCGUCAUGCUCUGCAGAGAGAAGCUCUGUGAGAGUCUGGGCCUCUGUGUGGCCGACCUUCCUCUUCUGGCCUGCCUCCUUGGCAACGACAUAAUCCCAGAGGGCAUGUUUGAAAGCUUUAGGUACAAAUGCUUAUCAUCCUACACCUCUGUAAAAGAGAACUUUGACAAAAAAGGUAACAUCAUAUUAGCUGUGUCAGACCACAUAUCGAAAGUUCUUCACUUGUAUCAAGGUGAGAAAAAAUUAGAAGAGAUAUUACCUCUGGGACCAAACAAAGCUCUUUUUUAUAAAGGAAUGGCAUCAUAUCUUUUACCAGGACAAAAAUCUCCAUGGUUUUUCCAAAAACCCAAAGGUGUAAUAACUUUGGACAAACAAGUAAUAUCCACGAGUUCAGACGCCAAAUCCAGGGAAGAAGUUCCCAUGUGUUCAGAUGCUGAAUCCAGGCAAGAAGUUCCCAUGUGUACAGGCCCUGAAUCCAGGCAAGAAGUUCCCAUGUGUACAGGCCCUGAAUCCAGGCGAGAAGUUCCCAUGUAUACAGAUUCUGAACCCAGGCAAGAAGUUCCCAUGUGUUCAGAUCCUGAAUCCAGGCAAGAAGUUCCCAUGUGUACAGGCCCUGAAUCCAGGCAAGAAGUUCCCAUGUGUUCACAUCCUGAACCCAGGCAAGAAGUUCCCAUGUGUACAGGCCCUGAAGCCAGGCAAGAAGUUCCCAUGUAUACAGGCCCUGAAUCCAGGCAAGAAGUUUUAAUAUGGACAGACCCUGAAUCUAGGCAAGAAAUUAUGUGUACAGGCCAUGAAUCCAAACAGGAAGUUCCCAUAUGUACAGAUCCUAUAUCCAAGCAAGAAGACUCCAUGUGUACACACCCUGAAAUCAAUCAAAAAUUACCUGUAGCAACAGAUUUUGAAUUUAAGCUAGAAGCUCUCAUGUGUACAAACCCUGAAGUUAAACAAGAAGACCCCACAAAUGUGGGGCCUGAAGUAAAGCAACAAGUAACCAUGGUUUCAGACACUGAAAUCUUAAAGGUUGCUAGAACACAUCACGUCCAAGCAGAAAGCUACCUGGUGUACAACAUCAUGAGCAGUGGAGAGAUUGAAUGCAGCAACACCCUAGAAGAUGAGCUUGACCAGGCCUUACCCAGCCAGGCCUUCAUUUACCGUCCCAUUCGACAGCGGGUCUACUCACUCUUACUGGAGGACUGUCAAGAUGUCACCAGCACCUGCCUAGCUGUCAAGGAGUGGUUUGUGUAUCCUGGGAACCCACUGAGGCACCCGGACCUCGUCAGGCCGCUGCAGAUGACCAUUCCAGGGGGAACGCCUAGUUUGAAAAUAUUAUGGCUGAACCAAGAGCCAGAAAUACAGGUUCGGCGCUUGGACACACUCCUAGCCUGUUUCAAUCUUUCCUCCUCAAGAGAAGAGCUGCAGGCUGUCGAAAGCCCGUUUCAAGCUUUGUGCUGCCUCUUGAUCUACCUCUUUGUCCAGGUGGACACGCUUUGCCUGGAGGAUUUGCAUGCUUUUAUUGCGCAGGCCUUGUGCCUCCAAGGAAAAUCCACCUCGCAGCUUGUAAAUCUACAGCCUGAUUACAUCAACCCCAGAGCCGUGCAGCUGGGCUCCCUUCUCGUCCGCGGCCUCACCACUCUGGUUUUAGUCAACAGCGCGUGUGGCUUCCCCUGGAAGACGAGUGAUUUCAUGCCCUGGAAUGUAUUUGAUGGGAAGCUUUUUCAUCAGAAGUACUUGCAAUCUGAAAAGGGUUAUGCUGUGGAGGUUCUUUUAGAACAAAAUAGAUCUCGGCUCACCAAAUUCCACAACCUGAAGGCAGUCGUCUGCAAGGCCUGCAUGAAGGAGAACAGACGCAUCACUGGCCGAGCCCACUGGGGCUCACACCACGCAGGGAGGUGGGGAAGACAGGGCUCCAGCUACCACAGGAUGGGCUCUGGGUAUAGCCGUUCCAGUCAGGGACAGCCGUGGAGAGACCAGGGACCAGGUAAGAAGGCCAGUGGUCACUCUGCUGGGCCAUCUGCAUGGCACUGCCUCUCACCUUGUGCUUUUGCUGAUAACUGCCUUCCUCUGUUUCAGAAAGGUUGUAUAGUUCCAGUAAAUAAACAGAUAAAUAUACCAAUGCAUCUAAUUUUUAUCAUUUAGUGAAAUAAAGACAAAUAAUUUCCAUGCUUGAUCUAGCCCUGUCUGCAUCUGGCCACUUUAUUCAUUUUCUAUCAGUUCAUUCUGCUCAAGAUCCAGUUUUUGUAAUUUACUUGCUAGAAGGUACUUGUAAAGUUUACAUGUGGAAGAUCCAUUGUUCUCAUGAAAAAAGGACAGGUUAUAGUGUUUCACCAAUAGCUGCAUUCAGGUAAUAGGAUUCUGAUAUUUUCCGUGACGUGGAUUACAGUGUGAGGUAGGAAUAGCCCCAACCCUUUGUUUUUUACGUAUGUUGUACAGAUACUGUUUUAAUGCAUGUAUCGUGCUGAAUUUAAAUACAUCGAGAACUUCACAUCAGUAUUUGAGCUCAAAUUCCCUAUAGUUUUGAGAGCCAAACUUUAUAAACUUUGAAAUUACCUAAUAUUUAUCAUUUAAUCCCUUAAAAUCCAAAUCAGCCUUUGAUGUAUGAUAUCUGUGACUUUCGCAACGUCUAAAAUGUGUAGAGACUUCACAAGCUGCUCAAAUUAUUCCCUAAAACACAGCAAGUCUUCAGUGUGAAUCCAGUUGACCUUUGGGGUCUGUCUCGGGUGCAGUCUGCAUGGAGGCUGCAGGGCCGCACGUCUGUUGAGUACCGUGUCCUUUCCUCUUGGGUCUGUACAGUCAGCAAACAUUGCGAGUCCACUGUAUUGCUGAGUGUAGAUGAGAAUUGAUGGUGAAUGUUUUUGAAAUGCCCAUCCUUGAGAGAGAGCUCCAUGAAUUUAAUACCUGUCCUUGAGAGAGCUCCAGGAAUUUAGAUUUACAUUUGCUUGAGAUGUUUCCUUGAAUGAGCUUAACCUGCAGAAACUCGACCCCACCGAGUCGUGCAGUCACUGUCAUGUGGAGCUUCCAGAUGGCCCCACUGAACACGUGCAGUCCAUCCUUUCAUCGUCUCUACUACAGUGUAAACAUAAGGGUCACUUCCACUUUGUCACUAACUAAAUCAUCCGGGUAUUUAUACCAGUGCAGUGCAACUGAGAUCUGGGCAAAAGACCUUCCAUUUGUGCAAGGAUAUUUGAGAUUGCUUUUAACUUAGAAGGUGCUGCAGUUGAUUGGAGUAAACCACAAACAGGGAACCCAAAAACAAUGGGAGGGGUUCUGUAAACUUACGUAGACUCAGACUGAAGCCUGGUGCUUUGGGCCAUUGCCGCUGCCCUAGGCGACUCUGGCCUUGGGGUGCAGUCCUGUGCGAUGCACAUGCUGUGGCUUUCCAGUUAGCUUCUCCACCCUGGUUAAGAGUCUGCUUUCAGGUCAGAGACUGCAGCCCUGAGGUCGUGUGUGUGUAGAGAGCUCAAUGCCUGUCCUGGGGGCUCCCCGUGGGCUGGGGGCCUACAGCCCUGACCUGGCGGAUCUGUCUGCAGCUGGCCGUGCACAUUAGGGCUGCUUGGGAAGGGUGCAGGGUCUGGGCUUCUGAGUCUUUGGGAUGAGAGGCCUUCCUCACAUGAGCCAUGGUGAGGGUGCUCCCAGGAGGAAGGUGAGCGUGUGCAGAGCACUUAGGUCCAAAUGGGUGGGUAGAGCUUAUGCUCUCCUUCCAUCCCUCCCUCACUCUCUCUGCUGCUUGAAAUAGCAAAUCUGAGAUCUCCUUGACAAGGUGAUAUUUAAGCAAAGGCCUGAUGAGAGGGUGGGAGCUGAUGCCAGAUGCCUGUGGGCCAGAUUUGGGGGCAGAGGGGCCAGUCGGAGCUGUCACGAGGUCAGGUGGGCUAGACUUGGAGGGCCCUGCAGCUCUGUGUGAAUCUGGAGUCCACCCCGACCGAGAAGCUUGACCCGGGUGAUUGCAGCAGGUGGUGAGACCUCAUUGACCACAUCCCGCAGAAAUGCUCAAGGUCUGUGGACCGACCACAUCCAGCUGAUGAUGGCACACAGCUUGGUCUAGAUCUAGGGUUUAGUAAUGUCGGAAAUAUUGGUGUUGACUGGUGUGGAGUAAAGCUACUGGGUGAAGCGGGCAUCCCAGCCUCAUCCAUCCACACCUUCCCACCCUGGAGAUCCGUGACCAGCCUGGCCGUAAAUGCCAGGCCAACCUUGAUGACAUGAAAGGUGUUGGCCCCUCUAGGUGAGGAUUCAGCAGAACCCACCUGACCCAGUAAGGCAGGCUGGCAGGGGAGGGAAGAGCCACAGCCUCUAUUUCGGGCAGACUGACUGGGUAGGGCGUGCUGUCGUGUCCCCUACUCCUGGCCUCGUGGUAAGAAAGGAGACCUUCUGCUUACCCUCUUUGGCUUGGGGUUGCCCCGUUUCUUCCCCCUGGGCCUCAGGAAGGUGGAGGGGGGAUAGUCAAGAGAGUCCACAGUCCAGAUGGGAGGAUGGGAAAGAGGCUACGGGUUCUGCAGACAGGUGUGCCUGCCUGUCACAGAGGAAACUAUAAAGAGUGUGCCAUCAGGCCUCCCACUGAUGGGACGCAUUGCCACAGGCAACGCACUGAACCCUUUCCAUCGGGCAUCUGGCCUGGAUAACCUUGAGUGUCCUUUCUAGCUCUGGAAUUCUGUGACUUUCUACUCUAUUUAUUGAAUGGUGGGUGAGACAUUAGUAAAGUGUAACUCUUAGGAGUCAAUAAGGAAGGUAGAACUAUGUCAUAACUCUUAGGAGUGAGUGGGAAAGGUAGAACUAUGUCAUAAGCCUUAGGAGUGAGUGGGGAAGGUAGAACUAUGUCAUGUACAGAUGUAUCAUCAGAACAUGCCCCGUCCUGCCCUGAUCUCAGAAGGCAGGUGGAGUGGGACCUGUUUGGUACUGACUCCUCUGGGAAUGGUAAGAGUCACAGGCUUUUCUUUAUUUCUUUCAUUUUCUUCCAGAGGUGGCCUGCUGUGGUAGCUUCAGACAGGCUGACUUUGUCUCAAGCCCUGGUUCUGCCCCUUCCCAGUGGCCUGCCCUUAGGGGAUCCCUGGACCACUGGGCUGCUCCCUGGCUUCUGAUCAGUGUGGCCUGACCAGCUGCAGGGACGGCGCUUCCACAGCACCAGCAUCCAGGCAGAGGGGAUCGUGGCCACUUCUUCCAAAACCAAGUUUUCCUUUCCUGGCAUUAAUUCUAACAUUUCUCUUAAUAUUUAUGUCAAACUAUUUUGUUAAAGAGUUUUUUCUGUUAAAAAUAAAGCAAUGUCCAUCCUACCUCAGUAUCGCUGUUCUUGCAGAAUGAAGUGAAGCAGGAACAUCACCAAAGCCUGCAGGUGUGGCCUGGCAGGAGCAGAGCCAUCUGCUUCUCCCAGGGCUCCCCCAGAGCAUGGCCCCCAGGUCAAGUGCCAGGAAGGAUGCCAUGCACAUUGGCUUCUUUCUUUCGUGUGACGACAGAGACUACAGGAGCAUCUUUAAACUAGACCAGAAGAACCCCCUUCCUUGGAUUGACAGGAAACAGCUUUCUUCCGAUUCUGUUAGCAGAGAACAGUGUCCAGAAAUUUCUCAUCCUCAUGCAAAUUAAAACAGCAGAAUGACUUUCCAUAGGCGGAACCGUAGCUAGUCAUCCUCAGCCCUGGGUCCCUGCCAGGGGAAAGUCUCACUCUUGGAACCCUGUGUGCCUCUGCAGCAGAUCCCUCGGCCGUCCAGUAACAGGAACCCCCCAGUCGCCCUGGUCUUGCCAGAAGUCCAGAGGCCACCAUGGUUUCCUCGUCCUGCCUGAUGCCAGCUCCUUGGGGCAGGCUGAGCUAAGCCUGAGGGAUCUCCAAGUGGCAUUCAGCAGCUGGUGUGUGGGUGAGGAGAGAGCCCUCAGAUGGACACAGGUUUGGGGGUGACAGGACAUGGGGGGCUGGCAGGAGACAGACAGAGGCAGUGUCCCAUCAGGACUGAGCUGGAGAGGGGGGCCGUCCAGAAGCUGGCAGAGAAGAGAGGCUCUGAGGACAGAAGCUGACAGGGCCAGGGAGCAGGGAGGGAGGGAGCAAAGGCCCGCUGUCCCCUGCAGGAGCCAGGACAGGCACCGCCAGUAUCUCCAGGAGUGCUUAUUUCUUACUCCUUUCUGCCUGUAAUAGUAUAAGCUACUGAUAGGAAGCAGAAAAUAUAUACAGGCUGAGUAUCCCAGCUCUGAGAUCCAGAAUGCUCCACAGUCCAGAAUUUUUACCCACCAACAGGACGCUCAAAGGAAAUGCUCCUUGAAGCAUUUUGGAAUUUCGGAUAUUCAGAUUAGGGUUGCUGAACCCCGGUAAGUAUAAUGCAGAUAUUCCAAAAUCUGAAAAAAAUCUGAAACCUGAACUACUUCUGGUUCCAAGCAUUUCAGAAAGGGGUUACUCAGCCUGUAGUAAACAACCCAGGGCUGCCUCCGCAGCCUGCAUCUGUGUGGCUUUGGACGCAUGAGUGGCCACAGGCCUCCCCAGGAGGCACUCCUCUCUCUUCCCCGAACAUGCCAUCCUCCCUCAGGACUCCCUGCGCCCUGGGCUCUGUGGGCCCCGCACCCUGCGUGUCCCACGCUUCAGUCCCUCAUCAUCUUUGCUGUGUUCCCACUGCUGAGGGUGCUGUGCACGUCCCAGGAUGGACCUAAGGAGGCAGGCUCAGCAGACGAAGGCCCCUGGUGUGUGCGCCCUCUUAAAUAUUAAAUAUUAAAUUUAGUCUUGCCUUAAUAUUUGCUUCCUGUAGAUUCCUGAAUCCCUGAGCUGGUCCACAAGGCUGUGGGGGUGGCAGAGGUUCUCCCUAGACUCUGCAUUUUGCCAAGCUUUCCAUAGCAUGCCCAGUUAAUUUGCUUUUAAAUCUAGUACGCACAUCUGUAAGUACCACUUUAGCACAAGUUUCAUUUCUGACAUACAUUUCUUUAGGAUGUCAUUGACAAAUAUAAAUAAAAAGCCAAGUAACCAAAGUGAAUUAGUAGCUCUUCCUGACCCAGAAAGGAGCACGGAGGAGAUGUGAGGAGUGGGCACAGGAGAAGUGUGGGCACGCUGGCCCUGCUGAGUGAAGCACGCGUGACCAGGAGAGCAGCUCCACACCUGUCUCUGUCGCCUCGUUCCUAAGUCACUGUUAAGUGAAGUGGGCUCUCCCAGGCUCUGCAGAGCCCACAGCCCUCCAGAAAAAGGAGGAGACAGUUGGGCUACAUGGCGUGAACUCCAGGUGUAGGGUUCCCUUCUCACCACCUACAAGACCACUUUGAAUUUCAGGAAUGAUUUGGAACUCGAAGGAAUGUUUGUCAGUCUGGGUGCAGGGCCUAAGGAAGCAUGUUUUACCACUUCUGUUCUGGUCACUUAGAAACAAUAAAACCGUAAUGACCUCAGCAGCUGGAGCCUAACACCACUUCAAGGCUGUGCCCUAGUUUCAUAAUAGGUCUUUGAAGAAGAUCCCUGCUUUAUUGGAGUAGAUCAUAACAGUAACACAGAAAUCAAAGAGUGGUGAUGCGUGUGGGUUUGGGGCCAGAAAGUAGCUCUGGGAGACUCUUAGGUUAAAGGCAAAAUUGAGAUGUUAAAAUGCUGAGUUUGUGUCAGAUUUAAGAGUUUAGGAAUGAGAGUGGGAGAAACUAAGCCGUUCUUGCAAGACAGAAGCAAGGAUGCUAUAUUUCAUUUGCAUUCUGCCUUCCAUGCGGAAGUAGUUACAAAAGUGAUAUUAGUGGUGCCUGUGUGUAUUCUAAUUUCAGAGAUUCCAGUAUAAAGUGUAUGUUAAACACACAUGCACACACACUGCUCUCAUCAGGACUGGAUCUGCUUUUCAGACCAAGUAAUCCACCUUUUCAGUUGUAAUUACUGUGAGGGAGUUUGGGGCAGCACAUUUCUCCUGGGUUUUGCCUACCUUCAGCUCCUCUUUUGGUAUUUCUUGAAGAUAUUAAAGUAGUUCAAGUAGAAAGUUGUCACUAUUUCCAGGGCAAUUGAUAGGUAAAAUUUCUUGUGUUAGUAAAAAAACUAAAAAUGCCUCUUCAUGAAAGUAUUCAGUCACUGCCAAAAGUUGUCAAGUUUCUGGAGCCUGAGUGUGUGGACAGGUAGGGGGUCCUGGGGAGCCUGGCCUGAACUCUCUGGUCCACUUCAAAGGCCUCAGAGCUCAGUGCAGGCAGCUGCCCCGAGAACAAAGGCUGCUCAAGUGAGAAGGCUUUAACCUCUUCCUUGCUGUUGCUCAGCCCCGCUGGAAAGAGAUGACGUGUUAAAUUCCACAGUCCAUAGCUGCAAUUUGCCUGUGAUUUUCCAGAUUGUCACUUCUCUGUGGUGAUUCUGUAGGAGGCCUGCCAUAAAACUGCUGUGAUCAUCUGUGGUAACAAGGGUGCGGGCAGAGGUAACAAGGGUCUGGAAACCUCACUUUGGCUGUAACCCUCUCCUUUCACACCUUCUGCCGGAGCCCACACUUUUGGGGGAGGGGAGAGACCCAGGCUGCCCACGGCAGGAGUGGGUCAGAGGAGAGCAUGGAGACCAUCCCCAGUCACGGCAAGUGAAGGCUCUUGCCGUCAUACACCAGAAGAUAACUCAGAGCAGGGAACUCUGGAAGAAAAGUGUUAUUUUUAAAAUGUGAAAAACUGUCACCGUUUUUGCUACUAGUAGGGAGGUUCUGCCCCGAGUCUCUUCCCAACGUUCCCUGUCUAUCAGAAAGGCAGACAGUAGCCACCCAGGCUGGGCCAGCCGCAGAAAGAGCUGCACGUGGGCUUUUCUGUGUUGGCAGAAUGUCCAUGGUGAGCCAUCUGCAUGUGAAUUUCCAUUUCCAAAAGUCAUCAGCAAUAGUAAAUGCCUAGAAAUCACGCAGAUGGAUGGAGCUGGUGUGAAGAGGAACAACUUUGACAUUGUUUCCUUCCACGAACCUCUUAAUUAAUUGCUUCCACUUUAAUGGAAUAAUUAUGGAACACAGUUUUAAUGGCAUGUGGCCACAACUGUAAAGAGGAUAAAGCUGUGUCCUCCAAAUACAGCUCAGCAUCUUUGUUCGUACUUAGAAAUGUGCAGCAUUCUUGUUUGUAUAUUGAGAGAGAUUUAAUUCUUACUUUGGUUUUCAUGUCUGUUUA